AUGAAAACUGAUAUUGUUGAACUUAUAGAUAAAACCUUGAAAGAUAUCCAUGUCGAAAAUACCACAUGUUAUUCUGAUAAGCAUGAAGAAUUAUUCCAAGAUUUUCUAGCUAAUGUUAUUAUUCAAUCUUUGAAGCCUGAGUCACAACUUGGACCACUUGUUCUAUUUGAUAACCCUAUGAAGCAAUUAGAACCUAGUAGCCCUAUUUCAUGUCUAUACCUCCAUUGAAGUCUAAUGAUCUUAAGGAAAUAAGAAAUUUACACAAUAAAAUCAUCUAAUAAUCAUUCAUGGAUAUGGAUGCAACAAGCUAUGCACUCUAAAUUGAAUUACAACAGCAGUUUAAGAAAAAAAUGGAUGCCAUGGAAGCAUAUAAUACCAAUAAAAAGCAUGUCAAUAAAGAAAUGGUUUAAGAAAAUAAAGAUGAAGAGGAAAGAAAAACAGAGAUUGCAAAGAGCAGAGGUGCAUGCAACAAUGUCAAUUGCAAGUGUUGCAGCAACAUUUUUUGCUAUUGCUUCUGAAAAUUCAAAAAUGGAGGAGUCCAAUGAAGAUAGAGAUGCAGCAAUAGCUUCUGCUGCUCCUUUGGUUGCUGCUCAGUGUGCAAUAGUAGCUGAAGCAAUGGGAGCUAAGAAAGAAGAUCUUAGUAGUGUUAUUUGUUCUGCCAUGAGUGAUACAAGUGCAAGUGACAUCCUAACUCUCACUGUUGCAGCUGCAACAUUUGCAACAUGUAAUUACUAUAAGAGACCUAUUUCUGUUAUCUACAACCAAUCAUCAUUUGGUGUUAUUGUGACAUUAGAGCUCGAAGGCUUCAAUCCUUUUCAAAGCUUGAAGUUCUGGCAAAAAUUGUUUGAGCUUCCUCUCAAUGUUCAAUGGCUUGCUGAACGUGUUCUCAACAUUUUGUUCGAGAAAUUACAAGCUUAUGCUCUGUAG